UUUGGGAGAAAUGCUGAAAUAAAAUUCCUAAAAUCAGAUUGACAUAGUGGCUGCGAGUUUUGCAUAUUGUUUAUUCUGCCCUGUUGUUUCCACGUGUCGUCACUGCGAGUUCCACCAGACCUAUUUCUGGAGUUCCCUCUUUUUUUUUUUUUAUCCCAAGUCCAUAUUUGGGAGAUGACGUAUCGGGACACCCAGAGAUUCCCUUUAUAACCAUAGUGCAUCACCCAGGAGCUGUUACCAGAGAUGAGAGGCUGAACAGACAAAAUGAGGGAAAGUACUCCUAAUGUCUGAGUCUGUCGGGCAGCGAACCGAGGAAACAUCAUUAGUCUCCGACUCAAAGACAGAAUGACUGCUAAACUGGCUGAUGAGGUUUCUGCGUCUAUCGGCAGCAUUGCAGAUAGUCUCUCUAAGGAUGUGCACACAGCGGAGGGGGGGUUGUCCCCACACACGUCGAUUGUUUUUAAAGAAGAGGUUGUAGAGGGGGAAGAGCAUGAAGGGAAGCCUGAUGAGGAUGAAGGCGGUGAUCUUCUGUUCGAGGAGAAGAUCGCACCUGAGCUGCCGCUCCAAGGCUAUCUGGCGCAGUACGUGGCAACUUUACGCACGCACCCCGUGGCGUUUACUGGCAAGUUCUCUGUGGACUCCAGAGGUACAGGAGGACCGUGGACACCGGGGGACGUCAUCAACGUGGUCAGUGCUGACAUCGCCACCCCGGGCCCGGCCAAGGUGUCUGGAUCACCGUCACCAACACCUGAUAUUUACGCAGGAGGAGGAGACGCACCGGACGCUGGGGACGAUACCAUGGCGCACGGCCAGCCCGACAUGAGCCAUAUGUAUGCGCCCCCUCAUCCUCACCCCCACCCUCAGCAGGCCCCUUCCUACUCCUGCAGCGGAGACAUGUACCAGGACCAGACGGCAGGUGGAUACCUGGCGACGUCCACCUGCGCCGUGUCCUAUCACCCGCCCCCGUCCUACAACUCUGCGCCCAAACCAACGGUGGACGGCGCCGCGCUGCUCUCCAUCAUGCCUGAGUACGGAGGCUUCUACCAGCAGAGCUGCCAGAGAGACAUCCAGACGACUUUCCCGGAGAGGAAAUCCCUCCCGUACCCGCUGGACUCCCUCAGGGUGCCCCCGCCUCUCACGCCUCUCAACACCAUAAUGACUUGGAACUUUACGCUCGGUGCACCUUCGCCGGCCGCCGAGGGUCCGAUGGCCGCCGCGUUCCCUAGCCACCAGAACCUUCCACUCCGGCCGAUCCUAAGACCCAGGAAGUAUCCGAAUCGGCCGAGCAAGACGCCCGUGCACCAAAGGCCGUACCCGUGCCCAGCGGAGAGCUGCGACCGCAGGUUCUCCCGGUCGGAUGAGCUGAGCAGGCACCUGCGCAUCCACACUGGACACAAACCCUUCCAGUGCCGCAUCUGCAUGAGGAACUUCAGCCGCAGCGACCACCUCACCACCCACAUCCGCACGCACACCGGGGAGAAGCCCUUCUCCUGCGACCAGUGCGGGAGGAAGUUCGCCAGGAGUGACGAGAGGAGGCGGCACAUGAAGAUUCACCUCCGGCAGAAGGAGAAAAAGUCCUCUACGUCCUAAUCCUCACCGCGCACGACCGAUAUGCUGCUGAAUGUAAGCUUUGUGAAUGUGAACACAAGUUGUAUGGACUCCUGCCGCAUCCUGCCUGUCAGCAGAGCCCAAGGUUUAUCUUGUGGUUCAUAGUCUUGUCACUGAGACGGAAGAAAUCUCUUUAGGAGCCAUGGCUCCUAAAGAUCAGGGAGAAUCCGGACCAGUGAUGUGUUUGGUCGCCUUCAUUAAUCAUCAAUCAGUGGUCCAGAUUAUUAACAGAAAUGCAUGACCACUCAUACCGACUAUUGUGGCGCUAAUAAUUCUAUUAAAUGUAAAGGGAUUUUGGUUAACAGAUGGUCUCAGUGUGCCAGUGCUCUCUACACAAGCUGUGUCACCGUACUGCAGCCUGUGUUAGUGCUCUGUGGCAAGGCACCGUGUCUGCUGUCUGUGCGCAUGCUCUCAGGGAUUCAGUGACACGUCAGGCUGCAAAGGUGAAGCCAAAAUCCUGCAAGUCAGCUGAGUGUGAGUGAUACAGGAGCCCCUAGGAGCAUCGGGCCAGCUGUGCACAUCUGGUUUCAACUGCAGUUAAAUGCACAAAACCUGUUCAUGUCAGAAGAACACAGUGAGUCACAGUGGGGUCAGCUUUGGAGCCACACUUUGUGCACUUACUGUUCGUUAGACUGUAGAUUCACCUGAAAACUACAAGAAUUACUCUGUAACAUUUUUGGUCUUGCAGUGAGGAAACUCCAUCAUCCAUCUAAAUUCUAAUUUAUGGUGAUAAAUCCUGACUUUCUCUGCUCUGCCACAUCAUGCAUGUUGAAGAAAUAUCAUUUAAAAGAAGAUUUGAGGGGUUUACAGGAGACACUUUGAGUUGAUGUACAGACUGAAUAUGAACUAAUGCCAAACGUCUUCAUUAACGGCCCGUUUUAUGGUUCUAUGGAAUCUAAAAUAAAUCUCAAACAUUUCUAAAGGUCAGUGAAAGACAACAACAGGCACCAGACAGUGGCUGUUUCAGUUUGUUGGAGACAAGAGGCGAACGCGGGUGAUGUCACAGUGAUGUCAGAACACACGGUGUGAUGUCACAGCGCAGGCCGAGGCUACAUGAAGAUAUUAGUAGCCUGGUUUUGUAUCAUAUUAGAAACAUUAAAAUGAUGACAUCAAUCACUAUGUUUCAUUUACAUAAGGAAGAGCUGACUUUGGGUUAUACACCAUUUGCACAGAGCACAUGGAACUUGGUCGGGAUGUUACGAGACUGCAGCCUGGUAAUCUGUUGCUUUAUUCCUGGGUGUUUUCAGGUGUACUCACACCUGUGGACAGUGUAAAGAUCCGAGCAGCAUUUCUAGCUGAUGAAUGUGAGCUAGAGAGAACGAGAGAGAGUCACUGGACCAAUAAAAGUUCUGGUUUUGUGUUUUAUCAUUUUUAUGCAAACAGGUCGAGCAGUAAAGUGUUUACUCUGCUGGACUGAUGCUUCACGCUGAUGCAAAUAAAUGUUGACUUGUUGGGUUGUG